GUGACGUCACCGAGCCGUCAGUGCACGGAGGCGAGCGCCUCACGACAUGGUAGCUCUGCAGCCCGAGCCCGCCGUCUCCUGAUCCCGCUGCUGGACUGGUGAGCUCGCCGGUGGAUCCUCCAUGGAGACCCCACCUGAUCCCUACCUUCCCUACGACGGGGGAGGGGACAGUAUUCCUCUACGGGAGCUGCACAAGAGAGGAACACAUUCUACCAUGACAAACGGAGGCGGCGUCAGCAGCUCUACACACUUGCUGGACUUGCUGGAUGAGCCGAUUCCUGGGGUUGGCACAUAUGAUGAUUUCCAUACCAUUGAUUGGGUUCGGGAGAAGUGCAAAGAUCGGGAGCGCCAUCGAAGGAUUAACAGUAAGAAAAAAGAAUCCGCAUGGGAGUUAUCAAAAAGUCUGUAUGACGCUUGGUCGGGAUGGCUGGUUGUAACACUAACUGGUUUAGCUUCAGGUGCCCUGGCAGGCUUAAUAGACAUUGCUGCAGACUGGAUGGCAGAUUUAAAGGAAGGCAUUUGCAUGACUGCAUUUUGGUUUAACCAUGAACAGUGUUGCUGGAGGUCAGAUGAAGCCACAUUUGAGGAGCGAGACAAGUGUCCUCAGUGGAAUACAUGGGCAGAUCUCAUAAUAGGCCAGGCAGAAGGUCCUGGAUCAUAUAUUAUGAACUACAUAAUGUACAUCUUCUGGGCACUGAGUUUUGCCUUUUUAGCGGUCAGUCUAGUCAAAGUGUUUGCUCCAUAUGCUUGCGGCUCAGGAAUUCCAGAGAUUAAAACCAUUUUAAGUGGCUUCAUCAUCAGAGGUUAUUUAGGAAAAUGGACCUUAAUGAUCAAAACUGUCACCCUGGUACUUGCCGUGGCUUCAGGCCUAAGCUUAGGGAAGGAAGGACCCUUAGUACAUGUAGCUUGUUGCUGUGGAAAUAUAUUUUCCUACCUCUUUCCUAAAUACAGCACAAAUGAAGCGAAAAAAAGGGAGGUUCUUUCGGCAGCGUCAGCAGCUGGUGUCUCUGUAGCUUUUGGGGCUCCUAUUGGUGGAGUCCUUUUUAGCUUGGAAGAGGUCAGUUACUACUUUCCUUUGAAGACUUUGUGGAGAUCGUUCUUUGCAGCUUUAGUAGCUGCUUUCAUUUUAAGGUCAAUCAACCCAUUUGGAAACAGCCGUCUUGUGCUUUUUUAUGUGGAAUAUCACACCCCUUGGUACCUUUUUGAACUCAUCCCUUUUAUUCUGCUUGGUGUGUUUGGUGGGCUUUGGGGAGCCUUUUUCAUCCGUGCAAACAUUGCCUGGUGCCGACGACGCAAGACUACAAAAUUUGGAAAGUACCCAGUACUAGAGGUUAUUGUGGUGGCAGCCAUCACAGCAGUCAUCGCAUUUCCAAAUCCGUAUACGCGAUUCAACACAAGUCAGCUGAUUAAAGAACUGUUCACAGACUGCGGGCCUCUGGAGUCCUCCUCCCUGUGCGACUACAGAAAUGACAUGAAUGCUAGCAACAUUGUGGAUGAUAUCCCAGACCGGCCUGCUGGCAAUGGGGUAUACUCAGCCAUUUGGCAGCUAUGCUUGGCCCUUGUGUUUAAGAUCGUCAUGACUGUCUUUACAUUUGGCAUCAAGGUGCCCUCGGGAUUGUUUAUCCCCAGCAUGGCCAUAGGAGCUAUAGCAGGAAGAAUUGUUGGCAUUGCUGUGGAACAGCUGGCGUACUACCACCACGACUGGUUUAUAUUCAAGCAGUGGUGUGAAGUGGGAGCGGACUGCAUCACGCCAGGACUGUAUGCUAUGGUUGGUGCAGCAGCAUGUUUGGGUGGUGUCACCAGGAUGACCGUGUCACUCGUUGUUAUUGUAUUCGAGCUGACCGGAGGUCUGGAAUACAUUGUGCCAUUGAUGGCGGCUGUAAUGACCAGUAAGUGGGUAGGAGAUGCUUUUGGACGCGAGGGCAUCUAUGAAUCACACAUACGACUCAAUGGAUAUCCGUUUUUGGAUGCGAAAGAGGAAUUCACGCACACAACACUGGCUCGUGAUGUAAUGAGACCAAGGAGAAGUGACCCCCCACUAUCCGUGCUCACACAGGAUAACAUGACUGUCGAUGACAUUGAGAGCUUGAUCAAUGAAACUAGCUACAAUGGUUUCCCUGUCAUCAUGUCUAAAGAGUCACAGCGACUUGUUGGCUUCGCUUUAAGGAGAGAUUUAACACUAGCAAUAGAAAAUGCAAGAAAGAAGCAGGAAGGCAUCGUUGGGAGUUCCCGCGUUUGCUUCGCCCAGCACACCCCAUCCCUUCCUGCAGAAAGCCCUCGGCCCCUUAAACUCCGCAGCAUCCUGGACAUGAGCCCGUUUACUGUGACUGACCACACGCCAAUGGAGAUAGUGGUGGAUAUAUUCCGCAAGCUGGGGCUCAGGCAGUGUCUUGUCACACACAAGGGGACUGUCUUGGGGAUCAUCACAAAGAAGAACAUAUUAGAACAUAUCGAUCAUCUAAAGCAGCACGUGGAACCCUUGACGCCUCCUUGGCAUUAUCACAAAAAAAGAUAUCCUCCGCCAUAUGGCCCAAAUGGCAAACCACGACCCCGAGUCAAUAAUGUUCAACUAAACGAUAUUUAUGAAGAAGACAGAGAAGAAACUGAAGAGGAGGUCAGCCUACUGAAGGACUCUCUGCCCUGAUGGAAGAGUUGUAUGACAAACGGAAAAAAAUUAUAAAGGUGUUCUAUAGUGCAACAUGUCGCUUCCCUUAUUGUACAAAUUCAAGGGAAGAUCUAACUUGAGGUGCCAGUCUGGGCAGAUCAUAUGUUGCCAGUAGAGAGCAGUGUAAUAUCCUUAUUCAGUGUAAGGAAGCAACGUAAAGGGCAAGUCUGUUACAGGAGGGUCUAAGACUAGUUUGUGCUUGUUGAGAGCAGGAACUAGUCCAGAAUUGAGCCAUCCUCCUUCAAGAUGUGCUGCCCUUUUUAUUGUCACUGGGGAUAGAAGGUGUUCAUGCUGUCAGAUUACACUUUUAUACAUUCCAGGACAGAUUUCAUUUCUUUGUUUCUCCUCUCCUCCUUACACUCCUCUGUUAUAUUCCACGAGGAGACCCUUAAAGCAGCAAUGUCUCAUAUUGAGAUAUACUGCCAUUUUCAUGAGUAACAUCGAAAAAGUGCCAUAUAGCGCUUAGCUUGGUACAGAAGUGCUGACGCGUGCAAGGGGCCGACAACUCUUCAGCUGAACAGCUUACAAAAGUGGACCUGUUUGUUAUUUUCUGCUCCGUUCCAUGGUGUGAAGUGAUUAUGCAGUUUUAUUUUUGUAUGCUGGAACCCUCUAAUCCACUAAUGUCUUGUGGUGUUGGGGGCCAUUGUUAGACAGGCCCUAGAGUGGACAGAGCCACUUUGAUAAUGAGCUGUGAAGACCAUUUUAUUUCUUGUUGUGGAGCCUUUGCACGGUAUGACGCUUUAGGAAAAUCGUGGAAUAGCUACCCAAGUCUAUUACCUUCUGACAACUGUUUCUACUGCUCUACCUACUGUACAUGAUAGUAGAAAUAUGAUAACGUUACAGUGGAAAUGUUCAUCUGUAUUUAUAUUCUGCUCGCUGUUCAACCAGUUAUGACCGUUUCAGGCAAAUGGGGGGGAAAAAACGUGAUUCCUAAUUGCACUAAUUGCACAUCUCUAACUUGUGUGAUCAUAUACCUUCCCUAGAAUGAGUCCUUAUUAAAUCUGCUAGACACUGGACGCUAAUUGUAUUUGUUUAACGUGAAGACAACUAGAAGUAAUCUAAAGAACAAAAGUGAGAAAAGCCUAGCCAACCCCCUUAACUUUUUGGAAAAACCUUUUUAGCUUAUGGAAUUUCAAAGAUCUCUUAGUUUUGAUCAGUAUGCAUGAACCAUAUUUAAAGCACAGCUACACCUCCUGCUUGUAAUGCUAAGGCCUAAAAGCAGUAACAUACCUCUAAAUAAGCAAUAAUUUGAUAGCCUAUACUGAAUUGGGAAUCUGAACGAAAUGGGAAACUACUAGCCAAUAAAAGAUGUUAAUAUAA